CCCUCAAAACUCUUUCUUAAAAGCUACUUCUACUCAUUACCACCACAAUCACAAUCCCUCUAAUCAAACCACACUCCAUAGCCAUGGCGUUUUCUUCUACAAAAUCUCUUCUCACUCCUUCCUCCUUCACCUCUUCUUCUUCCUCUCUCAGAUCAUCAUCAUCACCUUUUCUCCACACUAAGACUAUCACCUCCUCCUCUAAGCCCAUCUCCCCAAAACCCUUCAUCUCUCAUUCUCUGUCCAUCAAUAAUGUAAUAACAAAGCCAAUAUUUGAAUCCCCAUCUGGCCAAAAAGCCAAGAACCCAAAUUUGCAAGAAUCAAAACCCACCAUCUUGGUUUCAGAGAAACUUGGAGAUGCAGGCUUGCAGCUUCUGCGUAGCUUUGGCAACAUAGAGUGCUGUUAUGAUCUUUCCAAGGAAGAUCUGUGUAAGAAGAUUGAAACAUGCGAUGCGUUGAUCGUUAGGAGUGGGACGAAGGUGAGCAGAGAGGUGUUUGAGGCGGCGAAAGGGAGGUUGAAGGUGGUAGGAAGAGCUGGGGUUGGUAUUGAUAAUGUCGAUCUCGGAGCUGCUACAGAAUUUGGUUGCUUGGUGGUUAAUGCUCCAACUGCUAAUACUAUUGCCGCUGCAGAGCACGCAAUCGCCUUGCUCACCGCCAUGGCAAGAAAUGUUGCCCAGGCUGAUGCUUCCAUGAAAGCCGGACAAUGGAAACGAAACAAGUAUAUAGGUGUAUCUCUGGUGGGGAAGACAGUAGCAGUGAUGGGAUUUGGAAAAGUAGGAUCAGAAGUGGCGAGACGAGCAAAAGGGUUGGGUAUGCAUGUGAUUGCUCAUGAUCCAUAUGCACCAGUUGAUAGAGCUAGAGCUCUUGCGGUUGAUUUGGUGUCUUUCGAGCAAGCCAUUUCCACUGCUGACUUCAUCUCUCUUCACAUGCCUCUUACUCCAACUACCCUUAAUUUAUUCAAUGAUGAUACCUUUGCCAAGAUGAAGACUGGUGUUCGCAUUAUUAAUGUUGCUAGAGGUGGUGUUAUUGAUGAAGAUGCUCUCCUCCGAGCCCUUGAUUCUGGAAAAGUCGCUCAGGCAGCAUUGGACGUGUUCGCCCAGGAGCCACCACCCAAAGAAAGCAAAUUACUACAACAAGAGAAUGUCAUUGUUACGCCUCAUCUUGGAGCAAGCACAAAGGAAGCCCAGGAAGGUGUAGCAAUUGAAAUAGCAGAGGCUGUCAAAGGAGCAUUGCAAGGGGAACUUUCUGCUACUGCUGUAAAUGCACCCAUGGUUCCUCAAGCAGUUUUAUCAGAAUUAGCUCCUUAUGUGUUGUUAGCUGAGAAGCUUGGUAGGCUAGCUGUUCAACUAGUGGGUGGAGGGAAGGGAAUCAAAUCUGUGAAGGUAGUUUACGAAUCAGCUCGAGACCCAGAUGACUUUGACACAAGACUUCUUCGAGCAAUGGUCACAAAAGGCAUCAUCGAGCCAAUAUCAAACUCAUUUAUCAACCUUGUGAAUGCAGACAUUAUAGCCAAACAAAAAGGUCUACGCAUUAGGGAGGAACGUGUAUAUGUCGACACAUCUCCUGAUUUCCCAGUUCAUUCAAUCCAAGUACAAAUCUUCAACGUGGAUUCUAAAUUUGCAAGUGCUGUUUCUGAAGAUGGACAUAUAACGAUUGAAGGAAGAGUGAAAUAUGGGAUUCCUCAUUUGACACAAGUGGGUCCAUAUGCUGUUGAUGUGAGCUUGGAAGGGAAUCUCAUUUUGUGCAGACAAGUUGAUCAACCUGGGAUGAUCGGUCAGGUUGGGAACAUUCUUGGAGACCAUAAUGUAAAUGUCAGCUUUAUGAGUGUGGGAAGAACUGUUAGGAGGAAUCAAGCCAUAAUGGCCAUUGGGGUGGAUGAAGUACCUAACGUAGAGGCUCUAAAAAAGAUAGGAGAUGUAAGCGCCAUUGAAGAGUUUGUGUUCCUCAAGUUGUGAUCUAGACUUUCCGAGAAAAUAAUGGUGAAAUUUUCUUACUUGGAAGAUGAAGUUGGGAAUUGGUUUGAGUGCAUGCAGUUAGUGAAGAAUUAAGAGGAUGGUAAUAAGACUUGGAAGAUCAUCAUCAAGCUCUGCAAUUUCUGCAACGUAUUCCAAAUAGUUAAACAAUAAUUAGUUUACCUUAAGAAAACAUUAUUUUCACUUAGCUAUUUAAGUUAGUUCAAUGAGUUUUGGGAUAGAACCACCUUGAGUGUUAGUUUUUAUGUAAUUGUAUUGUUUUGUUUAUUUA